UUGCUUCCAAAGCUAUAAAAAAGAAACUAUUGAUGCCCAAUAGUUACUGUCAAACUGACAUCUCUUUGACGUUUCUUUUUCAGGGUGAUUUUCGUUGACGAAGUCGAGAUCACAAUGGCCAAACCAAAAGGCGAAAGGAAAGGCAAGUCCGCGAUCAAUGAAGUUGUUACGCGAGAAUACACUGUAAACUUACAUAAAAGGCUUCAUGGUGUAGGCUUUAAGAAACGGGCACCUCGAGCUAUUAAAGAAAUCAGGAAGUUUGCAGAAAAACAAAUGGGAACCCCUGAUGUUCGUGUAGACACUCGUCUAAACAAAUACCUGUGGUCCAAGGGUGUUAGGAAUGUUCCUUUCCGUGUUCGUGUGAGGCUGUCACGCAGACGCAAUGAUGAUGAGGACUCUGCCCACAAACUGUUCACACUUGUCACAUAUGUCCCUGUUGCCUCAAUUAAGGGUCUCCAAACAGAGAAUGUUGACGCCAGUCAAGAAUAAACUUUAAGUUUAAGCAUA